ACAACAACAGCUGCUCCAACCACAACAACAGCGGCUCCAACCACAACCACAGAGGCUCCAACUACAACCACAGCGCCUCCAUCCACAAUCACAGUGGCUCCCACCACAACCACAGCUGCUCCAACCACAACCACAGCUGUUCCAACCACAACCACAGCGGCUCCAACUACAACCACAGUGACUCCAACCACAACCACAGAAGCUACAACCACAACCCCAUCAGCUCCAACCACAACGGCUCCAACCACAACCACCGUUGCUCCAACCACAACCACAGUUGCUCCAACCACAACCACAGCUGCUACAACCACAACAACAGCUGCUACAACCACAACCACAGCUGCUCCAACCACAACCACAGCAGCUCCAACCACAACAACAGCUGCUCCAACAACAACCACCGCUGCUCCAACCACAGCUACUCCAACAACAACAACAGCUGCUCCAACCACAAGCACAGUUGCUCCAACCACAGCUGCUACAACCGCAACAACCGCUGCUACAACCACAACCACAGCUGCUACAACCACAACAACAGGAGCUCCAACCACAACUACAGCUGCUUCAACCACAACGGCUCCAACCACAACAACAGCGGCUCCAAGCACAACCACAACGGCUCCAACCACAACAACAGCUGCUUCAACCACAACCACAACGGCUCCAACCACAACUACAGCUGCUUCAACCCCAUCAGCUCCAACCACAACCACAGCGGCUCCAACCACAACCACAGUUGCUCCAACCACAACCACAGCUGCUACAACCACAACCACAGCUGCUACAACCACAACAACAGCUGCUACAACCACAACCACAGCUGCUCCAACAACAACCACCGCUGCUCCAACCACAGCUACUCCAACCACAACCACAGUUGCUCCAACCACAACCACAGUUGCUCCAACCACAACCACAGCUGCUACAACCACAACUACAGCUGCUUCAACCACAACGGCUCCAACCACAACAACAGCGGCUCCAAGCACAACCACAACGGCUCCAACCACAACAACAGCUGCUUCAACCACAACCACAACGGCUCCAACCACAACUACAGCUGCUUCAACCCCAUCAGCUCCAACCACAACGGCUCCAACCACAACCACAGUUGCUCCAACCACAACCACAGCUGCUACAACCACAACAACAGCUGCUACAACCACAACAACAGCUGCUGCAACCACAACCACAGCUGCUACAACCACAACAACAGCUGCUCCAACAACAACCACCGCUGCUCCAACCACAGCUACUCCAACGACAACAACAGCUGCUCCAACCACAAGCACAGUUGCUCCAACCACAGCUGCUGCUACAACCACAACAACCGCUGCUACAACCACAACCACAGCUGCUACAACCACAACAACAGGAGCUCCAACCACAACCACAACGGCUCCAACCACAACAACAGCUGCUCCAACCACAACCACAGCGGCUCCAACCACAACAACAGCUGCUCCAACCACAACAACAGCAACUCCAACCACAACCACAGCGGCUCCAACCACAACAGCUGCUUCAACCACAACAACAGCUGCUCCAACCACA